AUGCCUGAAACCUCAAAUUUAAAAAUAAAUAGUGCUUCUGUAGAUAAGAAUAAAGAAUUUCCUAUCCAGGCUUCACAGUCUGAGUUUGAUGCAAGUGGCAAUGAUGAAAGCAUAUCAAUGCCUAAAAAGUUUCCUGCAUCGAAAUUGGAAACCACAAGUGUUAAGGGCCCAAAAAAGGCUUCGAAUAAAACCAUCAACAAAGGAGUCAAGAGAAAGACCAUCCCUAAAGCUUCGAAGAGAGAAAUUUAUACGAUACCGGGAAACGUAUCGACUUACGAGGAGCAUAGAAGCAGUUCUAUCGGAUCAAUUGGAUCGAGUAGAAGAAGUAAUGGUAAAAAAGAUAAUUUAACGAUCGAAAAUAAUAAAAAUUACGAUGAAUUACAAGCUAUAGACUACAGGUCUACUGAAAAGCAAGUUCCUAUCGGCCUAAAAAAACGAAGCAAGCUUCGAGACAAACAAACCCUGUCUCUUGACAAACCUGAGCCACGUACCGGAAUAAUAAGGUUACGAAACAAAAAAAAAUCGGAAAUAUCUUCAUCUCCAGCCUCUUCUGUUGCUGAAGUAAAUGAGUCCCAUUUAAAGAUUAGUCAAGAACAUGUCGAUUCUGCCCGAAGACUACGGAGGGCUGAGCAAGAUAUGAUAGGUACAAAAAAGCCGAAUAGAGAGUCAGCGAAGUCUUCCGUGACAAGAAAAGAUAUCCUCACAUCAAGUAGGCCUGAAAAAUCUCAUAAAGAAGCCCUUGUUGCUCGUACUACCAUGAAGGGGAAAUUACAAGCUCCAUUGAGAAUAGCCGAAAAAAAAAUAGAGAUUAGCAACCCUCGCAAAAGAUCGAAAUAUGUGAAUGACGAAACUAUCAGAAAAAAAAAAAGAAAAAAAUAUAACGAUGUACAGUUACAACCCGAAUCUUCUGAUGAUAACGGUGAGGGCAAAUGGAAAGAUCAUCCACGAACAUCAGUCAGGAAACCUGCCGAAAAUGUAGCUUCAAACACUCCUGAUGGAGACUCAAGGAAAAUUAUAAUACCUGUAAUACAGAAAGGGAUAUCAAAUUCACAGAAAACUUCAACCCUUCCAUCGUCAAAAGAUAUGUCCCAUUACCAUAACAGUUCUAAAAAUGAUUCUGAUGAUAAUGAACCUCUUCCGUACCAAAAACUAACUGCAGUAACAAGAUACGUAUCGCAACAUGUAAUAGAAAAGAAAUGGCGUGCUAUGCCAUCAAAUUACGUCGAACAUAUCUCAAUUUUAUUAAAGGAUAUCGAAAAAGAUGUCAUUUAUCGAUUAGGUUCUAAGCGCAGAACCGAGAUUGGUCUAGUUUUACAGCAAAUUACUCGUAAAUUAAUCACUAAGUUGUCAAACGGCGCUCUAUUCCCAAUAUCUCACAGAAAAAAUCAAGAGAAUUUUAACUUCGAGAAAAUUUUAGACAAAAACCAAUUAUUGGAGAACCAUUUGACCCCCAUUCUUCAUACCAAUGAAUUACUUGAAACAGAAGUUAACAAAGAAUUAGCAUGGCUUGAAGUAGAAAAGGAGAAGUUGGGCGAACUAGAAAUAAAUGCAAAAACAGAAAGGGUAUCGAGAAAUGAGGCUAGUAGGAAACUACAUGCAGUGCUUCAGAAAAAUUUGAGUAAAACCUCCCUUGACUUAGAGGAUCAGGUUGGACUGGAAUUUCAGAAAAUACCGAGCCCGAGCCUAUCAAACUUAGAGGUUUCUGGUGAUGACGACUUGAUCAGUUUAGUCAAGGAUAUAUAUGGUCAUGUAGAGAGUCUUCAACGUAACGCCAAGCAAGUCAGUGGCAUUAGUGAGAUGAUAGCACGAAGCAGAGCCACUCUCCAGGCGACACUUUUUGACCAGCUUGACCAGGAAGAAUUUGAGCGCAUUAUUAUGGGUAUUUAA